UGGAAACAACUGCACUUCCAAAGUGUUUAAGACAAGGCAGCUUUGUUUGAAUGGGUAUGCUGCUUUUAUCUCCUGUUUCAUACCACCGCAAACCUUUUAAGGAUCAGUUCAGUUUUUACCAAAACCAGAGAGGAAUGACUGGCCAGCUAAUAAUACAAGGGCUGAAGUUGUUCACUCCUUUAUUGGCUUAGGUCCUGCUGAGGGUCACCAUGAAAUCUUGCUCUUGGCUUGGCUAUUGCAACUAGGAAGAACCAGCCCUCUGGUGAUAUAAUUUACUCUCAUACAUUAGACUGAAUGGCAAAAUUGAUGUUGCUCCAGAGCAAUACGAUGCUUUCUGAUAGAAACCUACCAGCAAAAUGUCAAAUAGUGGGACUACAGCCAGGUUUCUCCUCCAGUGUGGACCUUGAUUUUGUUUGCAUAAGAAAAGCAUUGAGGGACGCAGAAAAAAGAAAUACAAUGGCAUGAUUCCACGAUAGACUUUUAUGGGAAAGCCUCGAAUUACAAACUGUUGGGAUUUUUUCUUUCACAUGAAAACCUCUGGAAUUUCCCGGCAGUCUGACAGCAGAUUAGAGAUUCCUAGAACAUUUUUCUCUUGCACUGUAGGACACUUGGAAUUCUAACUAGUCAGGAGAUUAAACAGUUAAUUUAGGAGCUUCCCCAAACACUGCAUUAAAGGCAGGAGCCUGAAAUCAGUGCCAGUUUACCAUUAGAAACAUUUUAAUAAUUAAAUAAGUAUUGGAAAACAGUAAGUACAAAGGUAUAUGAAUGAGGAGCUUUUGUCUGACUUGACAUGGAUAAAUUCCAACUAUGGAGGAUAAAGAGGUUCUCACAUUUCCUCAAAGCCCUCAGGAAAGAGCCAGCGUACAGUAAAUAUUCUUGGUUAUCCAGCAACUCUGUGGAUAAAAGAAUGUAGAGGUACAAGCAGACUUAAAGGAGUUUAACCCAGUAUUAGAGAAGUUCUCCACCUAAACAUCUAUCUGGAAGCCAGCGGUCAGCGUCAGACCAGUGUGUUGGAACACUUCUCGUGAAGAGUUCUGAGUCACUUCAAAAGGUUACAACACUGAGCUGAAUAAAAGAGUUGCGUUGCCUGCGAUGCAUUUGCAAAACAUGCUGGGGAACAAGGAGAAUGCUUCCUGCAGACCAUUACAUUUUGCCUACCAGUCCAGGGGAAAGUGACCACGAUGGAUCAUUGAGAAAUUUCACUUAACGUCUGCAAUUUUGCACUUUAUUUUUUAAAAAGAAGGCAAACCACUAGUAUAAUUGUCAAAUGAAUUUAUUUAAGGCCUUGUUGGGACUGAAUAAACUAUCCCUAGGAAAAGCUUGUGUUUAUAUUGUCAUAGUAAUUUAAAAUGAAAAUUGGAAUUGACUUUCCUUCUUCCUCUGGGGAUUGUAGACCAGCCGAUAAUAGCGGAUCCUGUUCUUAAAGAAUAAUGCCAUGAAUUCCACUUGGAGGACGCCAUGACAUUUAAUAUCACAAGUAUGGAUGAAGACGUUUUACUUACAGAAAGGGAAUCAUCUUUUCGAGUUCUUACAGGCUGUUUCCUUUCUGUAUUAAUUCUUUCAACUCUUUUGGGUAAUACCUUGGUCUGUGCAGCUGUCAUCAGGUUUCGCCACCUUCGAUCAAAAGUCACAAAUUUCUUUGUGAUUUCCUUAGCUGUAUCUGACUUACUAGUUGCUGUCUUGGUGAUGCCCUGGAAAGCUGUGGCUGAAAUAGCUGGAUUUUGGCCCUUUGGUACUUUCUGCAAUAUUUGGGUUGCUUUUGAUAUUAUGUGUUCAACAGCUUCAAUCUUGAACCUAUGUGUCAUCAGUGUUGACCGCUAUUGGGCCAUCUCAAGUCCAUUUAGAUAUGAAAGAAAAAUGACACCAAAGGUAGCGUUUAUCAUGAUCGGUGUUGCAUGGACUUUGUCAGUCUUAAUAUCAUUCAUUCCUGUACAGCUCAACUGGCACAAAGCAAAGACCACCAGUUUCUUUGAUCUAAACAUCACUUUACAUGAUAGAACAAUGGACAACUGCGAUUCAAGUCUAAAUAGGACAUACGCAAUUUCCUCUUCAUUAAUUAGCUUCUAUAUACCAGUGGCCAUCAUGAUUGUAACCUACACUCGGAUUUACAGAAUAGCAGCCAAACAAAUAAGGCGCAUCUCAGCUUUGGAAAGGGCAGCAGUGCAUGCCAAGAAUUGUCAGAACAGUACUAGCAACAGAAACAGUCUUGACUGUCAGCAACCAGAAAGCUCAUUAAAGACCUCUUUUAAAAGAGAAACAAAGGUUUUAAAAACAUUAUCUGUUAUCAUGGGAGUUUUUGUAUGUUGCUGGUUGCCCUUUUUUAUACUGAACUGCAUAGUGCCAUUUUGUGAUCCUAGUCUAACCACAAGUGGAACAGAACCGUUCUGCAUUAGCUCUACCACCUUCGAUGUGUUUGUAUGGUUCGGGUGGGCAAAUUCAUCUUUGAAUCCCAUCAUAUAUGCCUUUAAUGCUGAUUUCCGUAAAGCAUUUUCAAACCUUCUAGGCUGCUACAGGCUCUGCCCUACAUCAAACAACAUCAUAGAAACUGUCAGUAUCAACAACAAUGGAGCUGUGGUCUAUUCAUGCCAGCAGGAGCCGAAAGGUUCCAUACCAAACGAGUGCAAUUUAGUUUACCUGAUCCCCCAUGCAAUCAUUUGCCCCGAAGAUGAAGUGCUGAAAAAAGAAGAUGAAAGUGGCCUGUCUAAAAGCUUGGAGAAAAUGUCUCCUGCAUUUUCAGGGAUUUUGGAUUAUGAUGCAGAUGUCUCUCUGGAAAAGAUAAACCCAAUUACACAGAAUGGGCAACCAAAAACCUGAGGAGGGAAUGUGGAAUAAAGUUGCAUGAAGCCGGUUUACAGACAUCAAACACUGGCUCUAAGACCAACACCUGCUUGAGUACUUUGAAAGUUCAACAUUGCUUCUGUUUUUUUUUCAAGCAUUCCAGUGUAUUUUAUAAGUGUGCUUCUAUUUGUGGUGUUCAGUGGAAAAUAUAAAUAAAGCGAGGCCACUUUCAAGGUUUAAUGUUGGAAAUAAUAAUCUUAAGAAUGUGUUUUGGAUUGUAGUUCAUAAUAUAAGAACGUUAAGCAACGCCCUCUUACAUAAUGUGAUUACAAAAAAGUCUUGGGGAAAUAGACGAAUGGUUUCACAUUUUUGUCUAUUGCACCUGAAUGGAUUGUACAGUAUGUAAAAUGAGUACAUGCCUUUGUAAUUCCAUUUUGAAAAAAUGCAACUGAGCCUUAUAGUAGAAGUGAAUAUUUUUUUAAUGGAGAGAUCAUUGUAAGCAUACAUUUUGUUGAUAUAUUAUGUUAAAUUAAUAUUUUUAAGAGAUGUUUUAAAAAAAAAUCUAUAAAGAUGUACCUUUACUUCGUUUAUUUUAACAAACUUAGCUUGUGAUUGCCGUCCAAAGUUUCACAGAUACAUGCAGUAUAAUUGAUAUUUCGUGAAUAACCAAUCACUCUUCGCUCCAUUUUUCAGCAUCUGGUUUUUCCUCUUGAAGUAGAUUGUAUCAAAGUAUGUCAGUAGCUUUAUUAUCAGCUGUGUCUCAUUCAUGCACAUCUUUGAUACAUGUAUAUA